UUUUGAAAAGCCACCCAGCCAGUGGGAGGGCAGCAUCGAUCGUUUUAAUAAAACAGGGCAGAGCUUCAGGCGCAGAGGCAGGUGCUGUCCCGCAGCCAGCCGGGCUGCGUCCUUCUUCCAACCUGAGCCCGCCGGGGAGGUGAGAGGCUGCUGGGGCUGCGAGAAGCGCCUUCCCCCCCCGGCCGCUCGCCCUUGGCUUGGGGCACACACGGGAAAGACCAUGGAGAAGCUGCUGCUGGUGCUGGUGCUGGUGGUCUCAGGGGGGCCGGCCUGGGCCGCGAAGGAGAAGUGUCUCACCAAGAAGUACACCGCCAGCGGGGAGUGCUGCAGAGCCUGCAACCUGGGAGAAGGGGUAGCGCAGCCCUGUGGGGUGAAUCAGACAGUCUGUGAGCCAUGCCUGGACAGCGUGACCUACUCGGACACCGUCAGCGCCACGGAGGCGUGCAAGCCGUGCACAGAGUGCGUGGGCCUGCAGAGCAUGUCGGCUCCCUGCGUGGAGUCGGACGACGCCGUCUGCAAAUGCAUCUACGGCUACUACCAGGACGAGGGGAGCGGCCAAUGCAAGGAAUGUGACAUCUGCGAGGUGGGCUAUGGCCUGAUGUUCCCGUGCGGGUACACUCAGAACACCGUCUGCGAGGAGUGCCCCGACGGGACCUUCUCCGACGAAGCCAACCACAUGGACCCCUGCUUGCCCUGCACCAUCUGUGAGGAGAACGAGGUCUUGAUCAAGGAGUGCACCCCGGUAUCCGAUGCUGAGUGCAGAGAUCUUCACCCGCGCUGGACGGCUCGGACCCCAACCCUGAUGGGGUCUGACAGCCCCAUGCCUUUCACCAAAGACCCGUACGAUACCGAAGGCCUCGCCAGCACCCUCGCAGAUACAGUCACCACCGUCCUGGGUAGCUCCCAGCCAGUCCUGAGCCGCGGCACUGCCGAUAACCUCAUCCCUGUCUACUGCUCCAUCCUGGCAGCCGUGGUGGUGGGGCUAAUAGCCUACAUUGCUUUCAAAAGGUGGAACAGCUGCAAACAGAACAAACAGGGCGCCAACAACCGCCCUGUCAACCAGACCCCCUCUCCGGAAGGAGAGAAGCUUCACAGCGACAGCGGGAUCUCCGUGGACAGCCAGAGCCUUCACGACCAACAGCCACCAACACAGACCGCACAGGUGCAGGCUCUGAAAGGAGACGGGAACCUCUACACCAGCCUGCCGCCUAACAAGCAAGAGGAGGUGGAGAAGUUGCUGAACAGCUCCCCGGAGGACACCUGGCGUCACCUGGCGGGGGAGCUGGGCUACAAGGAGGAUCACAUAGACUCCUUCACGCAGGAGGAGUGCCCUGUCCGGGCCCUGCUCUCCGACUGGUCCAGCAAGGACAGCGCCACCAUGGACGCCCUUUAUUCCGCCCUGCGCCGAAUCCAGCGGGGAGACAUUGUGGAGAGCUUGUACAGCGAGUCGACCGCCACGUCGCCGGUGUGAAGGGUGGGGCGGGAGAGGCACUCCCCAGCCAGCCCCUCUGCGACCCCACGGAGAUACCAGCUGGCGAGAAGAUGUGAAGGAAAUGGGGUUCCCGCCCGGGCCCCCUGCUAUUUACGAACAAUCCCAUAUGCACUGACCUCUUAUUUUCAGUAUUGUCCCCUUUUUUCUAUCCCCCUUUCCCCGGCGGACUGGCCGAUGCUAAAACAGAAGGGAUAUAGCCAAGGCCACCAGGGGCUGUGGCCUCCCUCAGUCUUGCUGGGACCUAGGAGCUUCGGCUUCGGCGCCUCCUGUGUGAGCAGAACAAUCUCUUGUGCACGCCCCGCCCCCCCAAACCCCAACAACACGUCUCCGGUAGCUGCAACGAUGACCGCGUUUGCUCUCGCUCAGGUCUCUCCUCUUUCUUUCUCUGUCUGCUUCGUUCCCCCUCUUCCACUCCCCCUCUGAGGAUCUUCCUCUGCCCCCCACAAUAUCCACCCCCUUCUGUUUGCCCCAGAUCACCAGUUGCUCUCUUUGAAUUGCACCUCCCAAGCCAGGAAGGACGGACCCAGCUGAAUUCAGAGAGAACUGGGUGGAUUUCAGGGCUAACGUUUGAGUGAAGAUGUUAUUAACAGGGAAUUGGGAUGGAGGGUGGGGAGCAGAGGGAUAUAAUUAGAAAGAGCUACCCAAGGAUGCAGCAUGGGGAAAAAAGGGCCCCAUCUAUAGAAACACACAUUUGUGCCUCUGCACUGUCCUUGAAAGUGGUGAGGGGGGAGAAGACUGUUUCUAGCAGGCAAAAUCUACACUGUGAAUCAUGAAACAUACAGCGUGCGUGUUGGCGAGAGAUCCACAUGCCUCCAUGACACGCACAUUCCUCAGGCUUGGAAGAGUUUGCCUUGGUCAUUAGCAGCCAGGCUGCCUGACACGUUAAGAAACAAUCUAGUUACCUAAGGAAUAAUGUCCUUUGCCCGUCUCGGGUGCUCAGCGGUCAAUCUCCAGCACCUUCCCAGGCGCUGAUCGCUCCUGGGCAGACAUCACCCUUGUUAGAGCCCCCAAAUUCCAGUGGAGAAUAGCAACCCGCUAACGGUGCCUGGGAAAGCAGAAAACAAUUGCCAUCCGUCACACUGCAGGUCAGCCAACAAUCGCCGUGCGGCCAUGGAGAGCUGGAACAGCUGCUGUCAUCCCAGACCUCUCACAUAUUGUACUAGUGAAACACUAGGAGACAGGCUCUGUGCCCUUCCUCAGACCAGUGAUCCACCCACUGUGGGCUACAACGUAAUCACGCUGCUGCUUUAGCGGCCGACGAGCAAGGGGAAAGUGGGGAUGGGUGACGUUAGUGAUGGAGUCGAUUCUAUUCCUAGACCAUGAUUAUUACCAUAGUAUCUGAGCUGGUACGGAUGAGGCUCGAAAGGGUCGGAGGGUGAUUUGGAAAAGCGCCCAGAAGCUCAGCUGUCUUCGCUGUAUUAUCUGAACCUCUCGGUCUCUGCAAAGCUGGAAACAUCCCAAGAACAGGCUCCUUUGGGUAUGUUGAGGCUUCCAAGGAAGACCCAGGAGGUAGAGAGGCAGUUGCAGCAACCUUUCUAAAGGAACAGGGGGUCAGGGAGUGUGUUCGAUGGAGUUUUUCCCAGGCUCGGAAAUGGGUUUGGGUGAAAGGGGGUGUUGGGGGAGGGGGUGGAUCUUGCUCCUUCCAAACCAACUGGGCCCAAUCGUCAGUUAGAAGUUCCUUCUUUGAAGAAGACACUAGAAAAGCACCAAAUCGUAGGACUCAGCUGUUUCCCACCCAUUGGAGGAAGCUACCAGUUCCUGGCGCUCCAGAUAUGUAUUCCUAGGAGAGGGGAGUUCUAAUGGCGCCCAGGGUCGCUGGCAGCCAAGUGGUAUGAGUGGCUUAGCCUUGUCCGUAGGGCUCCCUUUCAUAUAAAGCUCCUGAUGGGAAGGGUGACUUGAAAAUGCCUUUCCUUCACCACAAGGGCUCCCACACCUGCCGACAGCCAUCAGGAAGUCAAGGGGACUAUGCAAAGUGCUCUAGCCCUUAAGAGGCUCAGGACGGAUUCCUAGUAUGGCUGGUAUGUGACGGAUCACACCUGGGAGCGUUAGAAGCUGGAGACGGGAGGUCGUUCUUGGGUUGGCUCCUUUUGGGGGACCAAAAACUGGUAGCAAAAGUUUUGAUGACUUCGAAGAUUGUUUCACAGCACUUUGAUCUUCGGAGAGGGCCAGAUUCUCUUUGCUCCCACUGAAUAGCUCCUUGCUUCCCCAGGAACCCCCUGAUGAUGAAGACUCCUUGAAUAAGGGGCUAUUCAAACCCAGCUGGCCAGGGAAUGAUUUUCCCAUCCCGUGAAAGUUUUCAAGUUAUUGAACCAUUUUCUCAUCCCAAAUUGAGAGGAAAAGUCUAAAUGGCAAUGUUUUUCGCACAUCAAAAAAUCUGGCAAAAGAAAUUCAGAUCAGGUCAAAAUAUUUCGUUUCAAUCAUUUUGAAGCAUGUUGUUUUAAUUUUGACCAUUUUAAGGGGUUUUUAUGGGGGGGUUACUAGAAUUAGCUUAAAUUUUUAAGCGAAAAGCCACUUUGAACAGGAAAACUAUGAUUUUUCAUGUAGAAAAUGUCAAAAUAAAACAUUGAUGAUUUUGGGGGGGAAAAACAAAACACCCCCCCCCCAAACGUUGGGUAGAAAACUUUUGUCGAAACGGACCCUUUUCUGCAAAAAAAAAGUUUCAAUUUCAAAGAAUCAGCAUUUUCCAAUGGACAAAAAUGUUUCUUUGGAAAAUUCCUGACCAGCUCUUCUAUCCAAUGCAAGUAAGAAUCCAGCCCCAAAUGUCUCCAGUUCUAGAAUAUUACCCUGCUUCUGCUCUCACAACAUAGGAUCAAAUCUCAUUUGAUUGGUGGCUAGUGAAGAAUUGUAGCAGAACUGGGGUGGGGGGAGCCCCUCACCCUUCCUCCUUUUAUACCUCUGGUCUGGCAUCUUCCUCUAGACCUCAAGCCAGCAAGUCCAUGUUGUAUAUCCAACCUGAGUUGCUAAUUCAUUAACAGCCUGACUCUAGCCUCCUUGCUCAGACAGCAUUGCCUUGGAAAGCAGUGGGCGCACUGUCGGAGGAAGGAGUUCAUGUUCGGGGCCUGCAGUAGCUGCGUUUUGGUGAUGUUCAUAAUUUCACAGACGAAAUGAAGUCUAUGGGCCACGUUCAUCUCUGCUCCAAGGGGGCCGAACUUGUCCCUGAAGAGAGAAAUGUGAGAGACUGAGCUACAUAAGUGAAGGACCCGCUGUUUGCCUCCCAGCUCCACCAGAAAUCUUAUUAUUAAAUGAGGAAGAAAGGGGGAAAAAAACCUAAAUGAGACAACUAAGAAUUGUAAAUAAUAUUGUCUUGUUUUACUCACUGCUAAAUGUUUCUAAGUGUGAAGUGGAUUACAGUGCUAAAGAGCAGGAGACCUUGGCUUUCUCAUCAAGACUUCUGUUCAACGCUGUCUUAGCAUGGGGUCUAGCUGUUACCCGUUCUUCCACAAAGCUAUGAUAAGUGUUAUAACCAGUGCCAUUCAGCUCCCAUGAACUGCCUGGCCUCCCAGUGUCUUCCUGAUGGACGGUGUGGUGGCAAAGAUCCGUUUGCUCACGGCUCUGCGUUGCAGGUUGAAUUUUAUGUUACCAGCAUUGUAUUUGUUAUAAUAACCUUGAUUCUGGCCUUACAGAGUAAAGAGAGGACACAAGGAUAUUGACAUAUGCACACUUUUUUUUUUAUGAUGAUGGCAAUGUUGAAAGGCCAUGCGAAACUGACGAAAGCGGAGAGAUUAGUUCCAGGAUGCAACUUCAGGCCUUUUUAAAGGGACAGGUUGAAAUUUUCAAACUCCUUUAAGUGCUUUGGAAAAUUUCACCCAUUGUGCUUUAAAAGAUGGGGGUGGGCGGAGGUUGCUAAGAAUUGGGCUUCUAGAACGGGAUUUACAAAAACGCCCGGCUACCUUCAUACCUUUGAUUGAUUUAGGAGUACAAAUCCUAUCAGCUUCCAGUAGGGCUUGAGCUGCUAGGUCACUUAAGAUGCUUUGGAAAACCCCACACCCAUGAUGACCAUAUGUAGGCAUGUGAUUAAAUGGCCUGAUUUAGGGUUGAGCACUCAGCAACUGCGGUCAGUGGGGAAAUGAGCACCUCUGAAAAUCAGGCCACUUAACCAGGUGCCAAACUAUGGACUGAGGAGCGGAUCAUUUAGGCCCCCAUUUCUGAAAAAUGUUGCCUGUUUAGAUGUAUGUUUUUUUAAGUUUUAGAAAACUUAAUGUGAGUGGAAAUGUCCCAAAUAUUUUAAGCAAAAAAAUGACAAUGGAAAAAGGAGGGAUUGGAUCAAAACCUUCCUGCUUCGGUGCUGAAAAUGUAAACACAAUGGCCAAGGUUUUCAAAAGUGACUAGUGACUUCAGGUACCCAAGUGAGGACACCUUAAAAGGGGCUGAUUUUCAGAGGGUGGGUGCUCGGCCCUUUCUGAAAAUCAGGCCCCUUUAAGGCGUCCCCAGAUAACAAGCCAUUUGCAAAACUCUUGGCCAGCAGCAGUGAGCUAACGCAUGAGAAGCAAAAACUGAAACUUACCAGUCUAGGUCAAACUGGGAGAAAUAUGAACAAGCGAUGAAAGACUAGAAACAAUAAAAAAGCAUAUUUGAGUCAGACAGAUUUUAUCUUUAACAAUCUAUAUGGUGUUAUUAGUAACGCAGGCAAGGGA